AUGGAGGUUGACGCGAACUUAGGUUUGCUGGAAAAUGUUCAGCCAGAGGACAACAAUGAAACUUUCCCAGAAAUAUUGAUGAAUUCGCAGCCUGAUAAGGCGGAGGGCGAGGAAGAAGAGGUUAAUGGAGACCCCCGAGUUGAAGCUGUAUUGGAGACAGACCAGGCACGGGAAACUCAUGAUUUUGGGUUGCGCGUUUCAACGGGAUAUGUGGGAGAAGAUGGACCAGAUUCGUUCGACGUAGUAGCAGUUCAUGGACUAUCUGGUAACCGCGACAGCACGUGGAUGGAAGAUGGCGAGGAGGGCAACCAGGGUAAGAACUGGCUUAUAGAUACACUGCACAGCUAUUAUGAGUACCCAAAAUCCCGGAUCUUGACUUUUGGGUAUGAUACCAGCCAUGCUGUGGCGGGAAUAUAUACAAUAGGGGGCAUCAGAAAGAAGGCUUUACAAUUACUUGAUGAUCUUGUUGAACUUAGGAAGACGCUAGAACCGGGAGUUAACCGCCCCAUCGUGUUCAUCAGCCAUGAUAUAGGGGGCAUCAUUGUCAAAGAGGCGCUCUGGAUUGCAACAAUAGAGCGCAGCAAAUAUAGAGAUAUCAAGACGUGCACUAGAUUUCUGAUAUUCUUCGGUUGCCCACACCGAUGCAGCAGCCCUCAGAAUAUGGAAGAGAUUGUAGCUAAUCUGUUACUCAGCGGAGAGAAGAUCAGCCGUGUAGGACUUUCUACCACCAUUAAAGAGCUGGCAAGGUCAAUCAUCGAGAUUAAUGAAGCAUUCAUCAAGUCAAAAAUGCCACUACUAGCUACUAUCAUGAGCGUGUAUUCGGAAACGACAGACCUUGCAUUACAGGUCUUUAACAAAUUUGUCACAACACUUGAUCUUCCAAAUGAGAGACAGGUGAGCGUUGCAAAGCCACACAAAGAAUUAUGCAGAAUGGCAGAAGGAGGGAGCAUAUACAAGGAUAUUGAUACUCUUCUUGGCCGUAGCUGCUCACCACUGCGACCACUGCGGGAUGCUGCAGAUUUUCUGCGAAUCUUGGGCUCCCUAGCUACGCCCGUGUACCCACCAACAUCACUACACCACGGUUCCAAUCAAUUUGGCUGGAUCGAAUCCAACAGAUCAUACAAGAAGUGGCUCAAUGACUCCAGUCCCAGUAUUCUGCAUGUUAACGGAACGAACGGCGCCUCCAAUGCAUCUGACUACAUUUACCAAUGUCUUGACAAACAUCGAAUCAAACGGAAUAAGAAGGAAAUCCUCAUCUGCUUCUCUUUCAAAGCACAUGAUGAUAGACGAAAUGGCAUUACGGAUAUGCUCAAUACCCUCCUUACUGAAAUCAUUAAUGACCGGCAGGAUCUAUAUGACGCAGUGAAGCUGACCUUCGAGGAGAUGCAGAGCCACAACAGUUGGACGCAAUUAGAUCUAUUACAAUUGUUCCGAAAUAUGCUUUCUAAUUGGGACCACGGCGGUCUCCUGUGCGUGAUUAGUGGUAUGGACGAAUGUGACGACUCGAGAACAGAGUUUCUGGAGGACAUCUGUACGUUUGCAAGACAAACAGAACGCCAUUUCAAAAUGGCUAUUUCCAGCAACCAGGACGCUGAUCUCAAGGCAACGCUCACUGGCUGGCCGGCGAUCAAUAUUAAUGAGGACAAUCCGGAAAAAGUCAGCAAUGGUAGCUCGACCUUCGAUUCGUGGAUAGACCUAGGGGUUCUCGAACUUUUACAGCAACAUCCUAGAUUCUACCCAUUUAGAAAAGUGGUCUCAGACAAACUUCAUGCCUGUGGAGAUGAUACAAACUGGCGCCGUCUUGCUCUGACACAGCUCCAGCUCGCCAAGUCUUCACUCACUACUACAGAAACAAAACUACAGCUUGAUUCGCUUCCUCCAAUGCCGGUUAAGAGUCUGAUCGCCCAGAUUCUAGCAGCAAUCCCCCCCGAGAAGCGAUACUGGGCUCGGAAGGUGCUAGUAUGGAGUGUAUACUCACUGCACCCUUUGUCUACAUGGGAACUCGGCGUUGCUCUUGCCUUGGACAACACAAGAGAACAGAGACCAAGGGACAUCCAAGAAAUGGUCUCUCAAGAUAUACCCGGUGACCUUCAAGAAGUAUUCAAGGGACUCUUUGUCGUGGAGCAUAACGAAGUACAGUUUGGCCAUCGCUGCGUAAGGGAUAUCCUUCUGUGUGCUGACAGCGUCCAAGGGGAUACCUGGUAUGACGUGAGUGACGCUGCGCACCUGGAAAUUACCGAAUCAUGCCUGUUAUAUCUCUCUCUACCCCAGGUCCAAAGAGCCGUCUCAAGAAGCUACAUCGAGCCGCCUCCAUCUAUUGAAGAUCAUAGUCCAAUGAAUUCCGCCAAUUUACCAACACCGAUCCUGCAAUACAACCUCCAUUCUUACGCCAUCAAGUACUGGCUCAAACAUUACAAGCUCAUUCCUAUACACCUUCGCCAGACAGAAAGCCUUUUGAAGUUCUUCCAGAAUAGAAAUGCGAUGCACACCUGGAACGAAGCAUACUGGCUCCUGUGGAACCCGAUUAAUCGCACCGACCGCGUCUUUUUGUCCAUGUGGCCAGUCCUAGCAGGCUUGGGACUUGAUGAUUCCAUUGUUGAGUGGCUUCACCCAACCAGCGAGCCAAGGCGCAUCAUUCCGGUUGAAGACCGCGCGAUGGCAAUGGUGGAAGCUGCACGCAACGCUCACGUUGAUAUUGUGUCGAGUCUUCUCCAUGUCGGGGGUUACACGCAAGGAGAUAUGGAAGAGGCGCUUAUCGCUGCAGCUUCUCGUUGCGAUGCCACUAUGAUGGAUAUCCUCCUCAAAUAUGUCGAGGAAAGCAAUCUCUUGGAGAAUUUCCCCUGGCCUCCUACCCUCCUUUGUCGGGCUGCGCAAUUCGGACUCGAGGAUAUAGUCCAGAAGAUGCUCAAAAUGGGAACACCUCUCGAUGCAGCCAGCACACUUCAUCAAUGGACGCCGCUACACCUUGCAUCUAGGCACGGGCAUGAAGAAGUUGUGAAGAUCUUGCUGGAAUGGAAGGCCAGCCACUCCUCGGUAACUGAUAGCGGCCUCACACCAUUGCACGUUGCGUCUAAAUAUAGCCACCCCAGUGUUGUCGAAAUCCUACUUCAAUUCGACGCCGACGUCCAUGCUGUCGACGACGACAUGACUACGGCGCUCGAUUUUGCGUGUAGGAACGGUAACCAUCCGGUAGUUGCGCUCCUAACUGCCAUUGAUGGAUGGGACUUCGGUAGUGAGAAGGAAGGGCAAUGGACACCAUUAACCGUUACUGCUGACGAGGGAUUUCUCGAGUCUGCAAAGUUGCUCUUGGAGAGAGGAGCUGGAAUCGAGGUGCAAGGAGUUGGGAACAGGUCGCCACUUUGUUAUGCUGCGCGCAAGGGGCACGUCGAACUUUGCCGGCUGCUGCUGGAGCAUCACGCAGACCCCAACACUUCCAACAGCAGUCAGCCCAUAUUGCACGAUUGCGCUGAAGCUGGAAAUCUGGAAGUCGUAAAGCUGCUUGUCGAUAAUGGCGCUAUAGUUGAUGCUGUCGAUUGGACAAACGGGACCGCACUACUCAAUGCUUCCAACAAAGGACACCUAGCAGUAGCCUCUUAUCUCAUUGACAGUGGUGCGGACGUGAAUCAUGAGGACGAUAUCAACAAUCUCACACCAAUUUUCUAUGCUGCACAGAGCGGCUAUACCGAACUCGUACGGCUUUUGAUCGAGAAGAAAGCUGAUAUGCUGCAUCCUAAUCCACGUGGCUUCACUCCACUUAAUUUGUGUUUCGACUUUGCAGAAACUGCGAAAGCACUGCUAGACGCUGGAGCUGUAGUGGAUGGUUGUUACUCCGAAUACGGUUGCACUCCACUAAUUCUCGCGGCUUCCGGAAAUCACAUUAAUUCUGUGAAGGUUCUCUUGGCCGCCAAUCCGAGUCCGGAUCUGGAGAUUAAGAAAACUAGGACUUCGAUAUCGGAAGAGGGCCAUACAGCCUUAACCAUAGCAACAAGAGAAGAUCGAGUAGAAGUAGUCAAACUACUCCUCGAAGCUGGUGCGAACAUCAAUCACCAGACUAAGAGGAAUUGCUGCGCCUUGGAGUAUGCCAUUUGCAAUAAUAACGUAGAAAUGGUUCGAGCAUUGAUGGAGUACAACCCAAACCUCAACUUGGUUGACGACGAUGGAGAUACGGCACUUCAUUGCAUCACAUCCGACGGACCGGUCGAAAUGGUGAAAAUUCUAGUGAAUGGAGGUGCAGAUCUCGAAGUCUUCAACAAGGCCUAUCGAACUCCACUGGCGGUAGCUAUUAUGAAUGACAAUGUUGAAGUCGUCAAAUAUCUUGCCAAGAAAUCUCAGCUCAAUGGUGCUGGUGGGAGCCGAGGUUGUCCGUUGCACGUAGCUUGCUAUUGGCAAAAACUCGAAAUGGCCAAGAUUCUCAUCGAUGCCGGCGCGGACGUGAACAAAAUUGACCCCGGGAUGGGAACGCCAGUGCAUGCUGCUUGUAAAUGUAUGAGCCCGUACGAUCCAGAGGACCAGGAAGAGAUAAUAUCUUAUCUAAUAAACCAAGCGGGUGCAGAUAUCACAGUUGUCGGUGGCCCUGUCGGCAGUAGCCUCAAUGCAGCUUGUGGAUGGGCAAGUCUCGGUGUCGUGAAGUUGAUUAUUGAGAAGGGGGCGCAAAUAGACGUUGCGGAUGUAAUGGGAAGAGUGGCCAUUGAUUUUGCGGCUGGGAGAAGUUUGGACAACUUCGAGGCUAUCCUCAACGCUGGUGCUGAUCUCGAGGUGAGAGAUAAGAUGGGACGAGGCGUAUUGCACUGGGCUGCUGUCAGCGGCAUGGUUGAUGUGAUCGAGCGCAUUUUGUCCUUGUCUAGAUGCAUGGUCGAUCAAGUUGAUGUUGAUGGCUGGACUCCAUUACUUUGGGCAAUAAGGGGAGUCGAUACUUCGAUGAAGAAAGUCUCAAAUAUUGAGAAAGAUCAAGUUGUGAAGCUUCUCCUAGAUCGUGGGGCAGAUCCUUGCAUAAUAGGACGGGGCUCUGACCGUGAGUGGUCCGUUUUGAAGAUUGCAAGAUACCACGAUGUUGAGAGUGAACUUGAAAGCUUCUUAGAGAAUAAAAUCAGGGAGAAGCUUGCGGCAGAGGGCAGGGAAGAUGCGUGGGAUGAAAAUGCUCAUUCAUCGAAGAAAGCUUCCAAGGAGAAUGCACGAUGUGAUUAUUGUUUCUCGUUCAUCUACGGGAUUCGAUACCAUUGCGAAAGCUGCUUGAACUUCGAUCUUUGCUACAAGUGUUAUGUAUCAAGGAAAUACAUUCAUCUGGAGCAUGGUUUGGUGCCAGCCACGCCCGAGUAUGUAGAGGAAGCUGACGAGAGUGAGGAAGCAUCGGAAUCUGAAGAGGACGUAGAAGUAGAAGUAGAGGAGGACGACGAUGGAUUGCUUGAAGAUGAGCAAUGGGGUGGAAAUGACUUGACAGGCGAGAAUGAGGAAGACGGUCAAGACUCAGCCGACGGAGCUGAGUGA